CUUGGAGUGGUUUGGGGGAGAACCGGACCACGCCGCUCGGGUAGGAGAGGACGGUGCGGCGGUCCCGGAUCAAGCCUGACGGAGAAGCGGACCGGAUCGGUGCGGGAGCUGAUUUGCGCGUGUUAGUCACAGUCUAUGCCUUGAAAUAAUGAGAAGAUUUUUGUUACUAUACGCCACCCAGAAAGGACAGGCAAAGGCUAUAGCUGAAGAAAUACACGAGCAAGCUGCAGCCCAUGGAUUUUCUGCCGAUCUUCACUGUAUUAGUGAAUCGGACGAGUAUGAUCUGAACACGGAAACUGCCCCUGUGGUGGUGGUUGUCUCUACCACAGGCACUGGGGAUCCUCCUGACACAGCCCGGAAGUUUGUGAAAGACAUACAUGACAAGACACUCCCCGCUGACUUCUUUGCUCACCUGCGGUAUGGAUUAUUGGGUUUGGGUGAUUCCGAAUACACAUACUUUUGUAAUGGAGGGAAAGUAAUUGAUAAGCGACUUCAGGAGCUUGGAGCCCGACAUUUCUAUGACACUGGACAUGCAGAUGACUGUGUGGGUUUAGAACUUGUGGUUGAGCCGUGGAUUGCUGGGCUCUGGACUGCCCUCACAAAGCAUUUUAAGUCCAGUGGAGGACAGGAGGAGAUGAAUGGCGCUCUUCCAAGUGCAUCAAAUACUUUGUUGAAGCCAGAGAUGUUACACAUGGAGUCACAGAUUGAGCUACUGCGAUUGGAUGACUCAAGAGGAAGGGACUCUGAGGUUUUGGAGCAAGGUGAAGUGAACAGAAGUGACUCCAGUACUUCAGUCAAAGAGUUGGAACCUUCCCUUGUGCGCUCUAUACCUCCACUCUCGCAAGCCUCUCUGAGUAUUCCUGCCUUACCCCCAGAGUAUCUGCAGGUGCAUCUGCGGGAGUCUCUGGGUCAGGAGGAAAGCCAAGAAUCUGUGACUUCCUUGGAUCCCGUUUUUCAAGUUCCAAUCUCAAAAGCCAUUCAGCUUACUGCAGAUGAUGCCAUAAAAACCACUCUCCUGCUGGAAUUGGAUAUUUCAACAACAGGAUUUUCCUAUCAGCCUGGAGAUGCUUUCAAUGUCAUCUGUCCGAACAGUGAUUCCGAGGUACACAGCCUUCUCCAAAGACUGCAGCUUGCUGACCAGCGGGAGCACCGGGUUUUCCUGGAAAUCAAGGCAGACACAAAGAAGAAAGGCGCUGUCUUACCCCAGCAUGUACCUGAGGGGCGUUCUCUUCAGUUCAUUCUCACCUGGUGUCUUGAAAUACGAUCUAUUCCUAAAAAGGCAUUCGUGCGAGCCCUGGCAGACUACACCAGUGACAGUGCUGAGAAGCGGAGGCUGCAGGAGCUGUGCAGCAAACAGGGAGCCUCGGACUACGCCCUGUAUGUACGCGAUGCCGCUGCCUGCCUGUUGGACCUCCUCCUUGCCUUCCCGUCCUGCCAUCCGCCGCUCGGCCUCCUGCUCGAACAUCUUCCUAAACUCCAGCCUAGACCAUAUUCAUGUGCAAGCUCCGGCUUAUGUCAUCCAGACAAGCUACGUUUUGUUUUCAACAUUGUGGAGUUUCCCAAGUCGGAGGCGGUGGUCCUCCGGAGGGGCGUGUGCACAGGCUGGCUGGCCACGUUGGCCGACCCCCUUCUUCAGCCAAACACAGAGGCAUCGCAAGCGGACAACAGAGAAGAUUGGGCUCCAAAGGUAUCCAUCUCUCCUCGAGCAGUAAAUUCUUUCCACUUACCCAGUGACCAUUCAGCCCCUGUCAUCAUGGUGGGUCCGGGAACCGGCAUAGCUCCCUUCAUUGGUUUCCUGCAACACAGAGAGAAACUCCAAGAACAGCACCCGGAUGGAAGUUUUGGAGCAAUGUGGUUGUUUUUUGGCUGCAGACAUAAGGACAGGGACUAUUUGUUCAGAGAGGAGCUCCAGCAUUUCCUUGCGCGUGGGAUCUUGACUCACCUGAAGGUCUCCUUCUCGAGAGAGACCCCUGUGGGGGAGGCGGCGGCCCUGGCCAAGUACGUGCAGGACAAUCUCCAGCUCCACAGCCAGGAGCUGGCCCGGCUCCUCCUGGAGGAGGACGGCUGCAUCUAUGUGUGCGGAGAUGCUAAAAAUAUGGCCAAGGAUGUAAAUGAUGCACUUGCAGAAAUAAUAAGUAGAGAGGCUGGCGUUGACAAACUCGAAGCAAUGAAAACAUUGGCUACUUUAAAAGAAGAAAAACGAUAUCUUCAGGAUAUUUGGUCCUAAAACUGGAUACCAAUGGAGGAGAAUGAAGAAGUUAUGGCUGAAGGUAUUGGAGGAUAAUGAAGCUGGACACUUAACUUUUGGGGGUGGUGCUGGUCCUGGGGUUUGGACCCUGGGUCUAGGCACUGUCCUGAGCUUUUUUACACAAAGCUAAUGCUCUA